CUGGACCUGGUUUUCUACUGAACUCACAAGCUCAUUACCUCACUAUCACUUUGUCUAAACAGGAACGAUGAUCACACUCUUUGUCGCGCUUUACUCUCUUUUUUCUCUCUGCACAGCUGUAAAAACUUCUGACAUCAAGGAGCUUCAUGUGAAAACAGUAAAGCGUGGAGAAGAUGUAACUAUGGAGUGUAGCAUGAGCAAUGUCAAAAACAAAUAUAAUUUAGCUUGGUACAGACAGAGUUUUGGAAAAGUGCCUCAGUAUUUUGUAAGACGUUACGGGCAAAGUAAUUACACAUUUGCAGAGGGAUUUAAAGAUAGCCGCUUCAGUAUGACUGUAAAUGACCAGAAGUUUGAUCUCAAAAUUAUCGGAGCGAGAGAAGAUGAUGGAGGAGAAUAUUUCUGUGGAGAAGUGGAGGGAACUGUACUAAUGUUCACAUCUGGAACACGUCUGGAAUUUGAAGGUGAAGAGAUGAAACACUGUCCUACACCUGGAACGGUUAACAUCAACACAGAUUCUGUUACAGGGUCCAAUGAGGGUUCAAAGAGCAGUGAUGGAACAGGGUCCAAUGAGGGUUCAAAGAGCAGUGAUGGAAAAGGAGACAACUUUUGGAUUAUUGUCUUAACGACCUCCAUUAUAAUAUCUCUUAUUGUAAUCGUGUUUCUGCUUGGAGUUUUAUAUAAAAAUCAGAGAAAAGGUGCUUCAUCAAGAAACCAUCAAACUCCCACCAAUCAGGCUGAUGAUGAAGAUGUCUUGAACUAUGCAGCUGUGAGUUUUGCUAAGAAACCUUCAUCCUCCAGAACAUCCAGAGACAAGAGCCAUGAAGACGUUUAUGCACAAGUUAAAAUAAAAUAGAUAAAGACAAAUGACUUCAACCAAAAUGUAAGUUUUUUUGAUGUUUCCAUGGUGACUUCGAACAUCUUUCAUCUACUGAUUUGCUUCACUUGAUGGAUGAAGCUUUAAAAAAUAUUUCUGAUCAAAAUCCUACAUCCUGCUGUUUUUUUUUUCUUUCUUGAAUGAAAGUCUUAUAUUUGGGAUUUUUUCUCAGCAUUUUCUCUUGCACAUGAUUUCUAGAAUGUAAAAGAACAUUUUGUUUGAUUCUGAAGGUUAAAGUAUUAAAGAGCGGCUCAUGGUUCACAUCUUGCUUUAACUUUUGUUUUUAAUUUAUUUUGCUUUGAAACAUAGGAGUUUUAUAAAGAGGAUAAAUCUGGUGAAUAUCGUAAUUAAUGUAGAUUAUCUGAACAUUUAGUAGUCAGUACAUCUGUAAAUGUAAAACUUUUAUACAUUUGAACAAUUUUCCAGAAAUACUGAGGACCUUUAAGAGGGCUGAGUAAAAAGACGAGUGUUUACUGCAUUACUGAUGAGAUUCCACUGUUUAACCUGAAAUGAAUCUCCAGGCAAUAAAUAUUCAAUUUCAUUAGAAAUGUAUUUUGAUGACUGAUGAAGUGUCGAGGUUUUCUUUAUCUUAAUGUUUUUACACAAUUUACAUUGUGCCUCCUUAAUAAAUUCCACAAAUGCCAUAUUACACUGUGUGUGUCAUCAUUUUGUUAAAGUCCAUUAUCGAUGUACCUAA